UAGGAAAAUAUUUUGUUCUUUUCAUAUUAUGUUUUGCUUCUUCAACAACUUGGUUGUGAAUUAUGUAGUGUUAUUUUUUUAGCUCAUUGUGUUUUGUCUUCGUUUACUUCCUGGAUGAUGUAAGACACUAACAUAGGAGGCAUGAUUUUGGCGGUGGCGCUGCUUUGGUUUGAUAUGACAAUGCAGACAGCUUGUAUCUUUGUUGUUGUUAUUGAGGUUUCAUUUCAAGUUGGUUCUCCCUUUAUAGAAUAGAUUUCUAUGAUGCAGCGGGUAGUAUGUGCAAAGAGUCUGGAGCAUCCAUGAUGAACAAGUCUCUUUUCUGUAUCAUUGCCACAUCGGACUCCACAGAUGGCUGUAGUAGGUCAAAAGUGGAAUGAUGAUUUUGUGACAGAAGAGGGCAAUAACUUCCACAAGUGUGGGAGUUUCCAAGGAAACUCUGAUGAUAUUAGUUCCUGUAUUGAUGUAGGUCUGAGCAUGUUCUAGAACAGGAUGAAUUGAUGAAAAACAGUAGAUAUUAAAGACCCGUUUUCUUUAACUUGAGAAUCCUUUGGAUGAAGGUGGUGUAUAUAUUCUCCAGCUGGCGGCUGUUUUUUGGAGUCAUUUUGCAAUCUUGCUUCUCAAAACUGUCGUUAGAUCUGUGGCUUCUAUCCAAACUUUUCAACUCCAGAUAUCCGAACGUAACUGCUAGCAUUACUGAGAUUGUUAAAAGUUCAGAUAAAUCAUCUGCAUCGAUGCCAAAAGGCAAACAAGGACAACAAAUUUCUGAUGGUUCUUCUGCUUCUAUUUCAAAAGGCAGGCCUGGAGUGGAUGAGGGCAAUCAAAAGAAGAAUGGUAUAGUUGGCACUCAAUCAAGCGAUGAAACUUCAGAUAGCACUUCAUCAACGCCAAAAGGCAAAGAUAAAAGUGUUGAUUAUAGCAGUUCUUCAACAAACAGGGGCGAGUCUCUUGGUCUUACAGGCAAUUUGAAUGAAAUGUCCCUGUCUGAUAAAUCUGGAAAGUCGUACAAGGCUAGUGCUAAGAGGCACAAGUCAUCUGCACAGUAUCAACCAGAUAAAUGGAUGCUCCCCAGCAAAUCAGAAAAUGCAUUGACACAACUGAAUCUUGCAAUUGUUGGCCAUGUUGAUUCUGGGAAAUCAACACUCUCAGGUAGACUACUGCAUCUUUUGGGACGAAUAACCCAAAAGGAAAUGCUCAAAUAUGAAAGGGAGGCCAAGUUACAGGGCAAGGGGUCAUUUGCUUAUGCUUGGGCAUUGGAUGAGAGUCCUGAGGAGAGGGAAAGGGGAAUAACUAUGACAGUCGCUGUUGCUUAUUUUGAUUCCAAAAAAUAUCAUGUUGUUGUGAUUGAUUCCCCAGGCCACAAAGACUUUGUCCCAAACAUGAUAUCUGGGUCAACACAAGCUGAUGCUGCCAUCCUUGUAAUAGAUGCCUCCAUUGGGGGUUUUGAAGCUGGGAUGGACAACAAAGGGCAAACUAGGGAACAUGCACGUCUUAUUAGAAGUUUUGGUGUUGACCAGAUUAUAGUCGCAGUCAACAAAAUGGACGCAGUGGAGUACUCCAAGGAUCGAUUUGAUUUGAUUAGAACACAACUUGGAACAUUCCUUCAUUCUUGUGGAUUCAAGGAUUCCUUGGUGUCAUGGAUUCCAUUGAGUGCAGUGGAAAAUCAAAAUUUAGUUGCAGCUCCUUCUGAUAUUCGUUUGUCAUCAUGGUACUGUGGACCUUAUCUGCUGGAUGCAAUUGAUUCUCUUCAGCCACCAACAAGAGAUUUCUCAAAACCUCUUCUCAUGCCCAUAUGUGAUGUAUUGAUAUCAUCUUCACAAGGGCAGGUGUCAGCCUGUGGUAAAUUGGAGGCUGGUGCUCUUCGAAGUGGAGUGAAGGUUUUAGUUAUGCCAUCAGGAGAUGUGGGGACAGUUCGCUCCCUAGAAAGAGACUCUAAGGCUUGUGAUGUCGCUAGAGCAGGAGAUAAUGUGACUGUCAGUCUCCUAGGCAUUGAUGGAAGUAAUGUGAUGACUGGAGGUGUUCUAUGUCAUCCUGACUUUCCUGUUGCAGUAGCACGACAUUUUGAGCUGAAGGUGCUCGUGUUAGAUUUGGAAAUCCCACUUGUGAUUGGUUCUCAAUUGGAAUUCCACGGACACCACGCAAAGGAGGCUGCAAGAGUUGUUAAAAUAAUAUCAGUACUUGAUUCAAAGACAGGCAAGGUGACAAAGAAGGCGCCUCGCCGUCUUACCUCAAAGCAGAGUGCAGUGAUUGAGGUGCUUUUGGACGGACCGGUUUGCAUGGAAGAGUUCACAAAUUGCAGAGCUCUUGGAAGAGUGUUUCUGAGAACAUCAGGGAAAACCAUUGCCCUCGGAAUCAUAACCGGGAUUAUAGAGGAUCAGGGAUAGUUAACAUGAGAGGUAGAUGCCUCAGCAUUUGAGAUGUAAACGGGUUCCAUCGCUACAAUUUGCCAAAUUUAUGUAUGUUGUUAACAACAGAGAGGAGGGGCAUAUCCUUUCUGAGUUUUGAUGGACCAUUUGGGUUUGUUUGGCGGUGUGGUUGCCGGUUGCUUUUUAAA